AUGACGACAGCACAACUCAUAAAUCAAGUUAAAAAAGAGCCCAAGAGAUCAUUUCUGAUCGCAAUCUGGGCUCUGGUGGCACUCCUCCUGUCAAAUGUAUUCAGUUCUGGUAUAUUGUCGGCUGUGAUAGACAGGGAGGCCGUAUGGGUUGACUCGAUGGACCAGUUGCUUAAAACCAAUUUAAAGGCACGUGUAGCUAAUGUGUCAUACAUAUGGUGGCAGUUUGAGAACUUCGACAAUCCUAGAGACAAACUACCAUUGGUUCCCAGUUUAGACACAUUGAGACAAACCCAUCGAAUUGAAUACGUGGAGCGGGAAAAAGAACCAACGGAUCAAAAAGAUAUUUUGCGAGAUGUGUCCGAAAGAAAGUGCGUUUAUAUGAGUUAUUUGGAGGCAAUAUUCGCCCGAAAGAUUGAAAUAAUGGUCGAGUCGGGUAUUAGCGUGGAAAUGGAGGACAUGAAUAAACUGGGUAUUAUAAUGGAUGGCAAGAAGCAAUACGAUGAAUAUAAAAACAGGACUCAUAUUAAAGAUGAAGAG